GAAUUUCAUAUCUGAAUAUACAUAUUCAGUCAAGCUAAUAAAUGUCAAAAUGGCCUGCCAUAUUCUUCCUGCUUUUUGGAAGAUGCGUCACAUCGGCGUCGGUUGCCGGGCAACCCAAGUCGACAACAAAUCCAAAGAGCUGAAGUAACUGAAACUGUAACAGAAAUGCCUAAGAACGUUGAACAUGGGUUCUGUUACAUGGUUUGUCUUGUUAGAUCAGGGAAAUCGCUCAUAGAUGUUUCAAAAUCAGAUUUUUGAAAUAUUUAGGGGUUCGAUUUUGUCAAAACAGUGAACCCCAUCGUAAGUUUAUAGGUUUAAUUCGGCCUAAUGAGUGAGGUUUAUAUUCGGGUCGCGGUCCGUAUCCGUCCUCUGCUCAGCAGAGAGCUCCUCCACCACCACCAGGAGUGUGUCCGGGUGGUACCGCAGGGUUCUGGGCAGGUGAUGCUCGGUUCGGACCGCCUCUUCUCUUUCGACCACGCAUUCGGACCCACAGCCAGCCAGGAUGAGGUGUAUGAGAGCUGUGUCCAGCCGCUGGUGGAGUCCCUGCUUGCUGGAUUUAACGCUACGGUGUUUUGUUACGGACAAACUGGCUCUGGAAAGACGUACACACUGGGAGGGGGAAGCCAAGAUGAAGGAGGAAUUAUUGAUCGUGUUGCCCAAGAUGUGUUUUUGUUGCUGGCAAAGCAGAAGAACAAUGACGGCAUUAAAGCCGUGGUGCGGAUCUCUUACCUGGAGCUUUAUAGAGAGGAGCUACGGGACCUGUUGGACAUCAACACUAACUUUAAAGAGCUUCACAUCAGAGAAGAUGAAAAGGGGAAUACAGUGGUGGUUGGUGCCACAGAAAUGGCUGUAACCUCCCCUGAAGAGCUGCUCGAUGCUGUGCAGAUGGGAAAUGCCCUCCGUCAUACUUGUGCAACGAGAAUGAACGAGCACUCCAGUCGUUCCCAUGUGAUCCUCACCCUUCAGGUCAACAUCUGCUCUCGAAGCAAAGAUAACACAUCUUUAAAGUCCCUGCGGUCGUCCAAACUCUGCCUGGUGGACCUGGCGGGAUCAGAACGUGCUGACAAAACCGGAAACACUGGAACACAAUUCAAAGAGUCUGCACUCAUCAACACAGGGCUGCUUGCAAUAAGUAAUGUCAUCAGGGCCCUCUCCGACCGUGGGCGGAGCCGGCGUGGCAACAGCUGUAGCAGUGCGCAUGUACCGUACCGUGAUGCCAAGAUCACUCGUCUCCUCAGGGACUCACUGGGAGGCAAUGCCCACACUGUGAUGGUUGCAUGCGUGAGCCCGUCCCACCACUUUGUUGGUGAGACUCUGAACGUUCUUCAGUUUGCAUCCAAGGCCCGUCACAUCCGCAACUGUCCAGGACCAGCUCCCUCUCUGACACAUAUUAAAUCAGACCCUGGAAUCUGGCCAUCCACCAAAGCUCGACUGGAGGAGCUGGAGUACGAGGUCCAGACUCUGAGAGAGCUUCUGAAAGAGAAGGAGAAGGACAUGGAGGAAAUGGAAAAGGAGAAAACAAGUGGUGGAGAUGGCUUGAAACAGAUUAGCGUACCUGUACUGGAUGAGAGGCUGAAGCAAGACACAGCUGCACAGUAUCUCCUCUUGACAAGGGAAGCUGCAACUUUGCUUGCAGAAAUCUCAGAGGCAUCUCCAACUGAUCUAUUCAGGCAGAAACUGCAAGACUGGCAGGAGAGACUGGCAGCUGUGGGUCAGUCACAUCCAGCAGACAAUAGUUCAGAGGGGAUUGGAGACCAAACUCUCAACUUAACCCAUUCAGAACUGAGAGAAGAACUCUACAAGUGUCAGAAAACCCUGAAAGAGAAAGAAUAUAUUUUGGAGCAAAAAGAGGAAGAACUGAGACAGGUUCAAAAAGAAGUUGAGAAAUUACUGGAAGAAAAGCAACUCCAACUUUUAGCCUUAGAGAAAGAGAAGAAAGCGUCUCAGAUUCAGAGAGAGCAACUGCUGAAUAAGCAGACUGAGAUUGAUCGCCUUCACAGCGACCUCAUGGCUGUUCAUGGGACGAGCCCCGGAACAGCUGGAGAAGCAAGGCCCUCUGGGUGCUCAUGUGCAAGACCCCACAGUGUCCCUAUAACUGGACACAGCUCUCUGCACAAGCAGUCCAGGAAGAUUCACUCAAGUCCACCAGCCUGCUCACUGGAGAGGGUGAUGGCAGCUUUUAAGAUGCGGGGCCGUCUACUGCUGGCUGAGAUGGAGGAGAAAGAUGAAAUCUAUUGCCCAUUCAGGACUCAGUGGAGAGAAAGCCAAGAAAUAACUCAAAAUAAUUAUGAGGAGGAGAAAAUCAUGGGAAUGGAGAGAUCUGUGAGCAAAGAGGAAUUUAGACAUCCUUUAAAUCUAACAUGGACAAACUGGGAACAGAACCCACUGCUGAAACCCCAAAGUUCUGGACUGAAACAAUCUAAUGGAAACACGGCUGUACAGGAGUCUGUUCAGGACAAAGACACUAAAGAAAACCAAACAAAGGAAGUUAGAAGAACCAUCAAUGCUGAACGGAGAAUCCAUGAACUCACCAUCAACAUCCGGAUGAAGGAAGACCUCAUCAAAGAACUAGAGAAAACUGCAAGGGAAACCCAAACAGUGGGAGCAGCGGAAGGGGACGUGUUGAAAAGACUGUCCAUUCAGAGCCAGCAGAUCCGAGCUGAGGUGUACCACAGCCUACAGAGCAUGAGGCGGGAGAGAGCAAAGCUUCAGAGCAGCCUCAGGGAGCUGGGCGAGACUGUGGACAGCAACAAAAAACUCCAACAAAAUAAGGGACAAAGUCCAAAGAGUUCAAAUAACCCUAAAGGCUUUCACCAGGAAGCAUCAGACAGAGUGCUGCUGGACACCAGCUGGCUUGAAAAAGAAGAAGAACAGGUCAUUCAGCAGAGAGCAGAGCUGCAGGAGCUGGAAGAAGAGCUGGAGAGAAAAGAGGAGAUCCUGCAGCACAGGGAGGAGAUCCUGCAACUAAAAAACAGACUCCAGGUCAAGGUGCUGCAGUCCAGUCAGGCUUUGAGUCAAGACUUGCUGCACGUGUCUGUUGAACUGGAGUCUGUGGAAGAGCAGCUUAAGGGCAAGAGCAGUAUAAGAAAGACCAAAGGAGUUACAAUCAGGGAACUGGAAAAAUACAGGUACAUGCUUAAGAUGAAAAGGGAUACUUUGGAAGCUCAACUGAGGGACAACAGGGUGCUCACCAUGGAGGAGGAGCAUUCCCUUCUCCAGCUGCAGGAAGCUGUGGAGGCACUAGAUGCAGUUCUUGAGUUUAAAAGCAACUCUAUCCAGGACCGGCAGAAGCACUUGUUAGUCAGAAACUCUCAUCUGUAUGAGUCCAAAGGCUCUGAACCGGCUCAACUCUGUGAAAUUUCUAGGAAGCUGAAGGAACUCUCAUUACCUGAGGCCACAGAGCUGUUGAUGAAAUAUUUCAACAAGGUAGUCUCUCUUCGAGAGGCAGAGCGCCAUUUACGUUUGCAGUGCGAAGAGUUGGAGCUUCAAGCCGGAGAGCAGGAGGCAGCGAUGAAGGAGAUGGAGGCAGCCAUGCAGCGUUUGGCCUUAGACACAGACCGCAGGCUUACCCAACAACACAGAGACCACCAAAACAACAUUCAGCUGCUACUACAGAAACUUAAAGAGGAGGCAUCAAGAGGGGGACCACAAUCAAUACAAGACAGAAUCCAUCAUCUGGAGAAAGAGCUGUUUUUCUACAAAAGUUCCAGUCGUCAGCUGAAAAAGAAGCUUAAAGAAUUUCUCAAUGAUUCUCCUUACACUGACAAUCAGUACCAACACAAUCAAGAGAGCACACAGAGGCAGGACAUUCUUACACCUUUGAGUGUGGAAAACCCUAAAGCAAACUGUGGUGAGGAGGGAAAGAUGACACACAUUUUAUCCACAUACACAAAAAUCUCAACUGAGCAAGCAGAGGCAAAAGCACUUACAUCAUCACCUUCAGUCAUCCAAGCAUCCCCAAAGAGAAAAACCUCUGAACACAGUCAUUCCCAUGAAAGGAGUUCUAGAGGUCAGUCUGAGAAGAGUUUAGAGCUGACGCCUGUCAGAUUGUGUCGCAGAGAUUUAAGAGAGAUUCCUUCUGCUCACAUGCAGCUCAGAAGUUCUGCCACUAAGUGGUGCCACUCCGUCGCUAAUUCAAGCUGUGAGUCUUUGAUGGAGGACUCAAUAGAAGUGCCUAGAAAAACGUGAUUCUGCUUUAUUUUCCAUUUAGAAAAUGUUUGUUGCAGAUUUGAAGAGGAUAAUAUCAAAAGGUUCUGUUUAUUUAGCCGAUUGAUCAAAAAAGCACUAUAAAUAGAUAUGUUUUUGGUAAGUUGUUGCAAAUUUCUUUGUUAAAUAAUAAGAAGGUGUUUUACUGGUUGGGUUCAUAUGAAAGUUAAAGUUGUUAUAUUUUUCAAAUUAUUUAUUUGCUCUUGUAUUUGGGAGGCAAAAUUAUAAGCUCUUGUCCAAAAUUUCUAAGUGCAUUAAAUUAAAUCAACAAUAUAAAAGUCUGCACUUCUCAGAUUUAUACCUAUCAUCUUAUUGUUCUGUCUUUGUACAGUUGCUAAUCUCAUAGAUCCAUACAAUUUUUUUGGUUCCAUUUUAUUAUAUAGGUAGCUCUUUUCUUUUUGUAGGUGUAAUAUAAAUGUAUACAUUGAUGGUAAUCAUUAAUUAUUAAGUUAAUAAAAUCUG